CCCUAUUUAUACGAGGAGUAGGGUAUUAAACUGUGACAAAUACAUCACAUAUCAUUAAUGCUAAAUAUUACAGAAUCAUAUUACCUUGAUUAUGAAUAAAAUAUACACAUUAAUUGUGGACAUUCAGUCAAAUAUUUCAUAACAAAAACAGGGAUAAAUAAAUUAUCUUAUAUCGAGGUUUUAUUAGCACGUGCCAAUCACGUGGACAAGAUUUGUAGGCACUCCUCCUCUGUUCUCCCACUCAAAAUUGACUUGCCGUGGAAUUCCCGAAACCAUGUGUUGCGCCACCCAUCCCCUCCGUCUUCCGCCAUUAUCUUAUUUCUCUUUUGCCUAAACUGACCAUCACUGGUUCUACUUUUUAAUUACCGGCGUUCAUUUGUAUUUCAAUCGAAUCAAUUUGUUGAGAGUAUGAUGAGCGAAGAGAAUAAGGGCUUUCAAGAGCCCAACGAUGAAAUGGAAUCCAUAGCCCUCCGCGACGCCGCCGCCGCCGCGGCGGACUCCUUGCCGCCGCUCUCUUCGUCGCCUCCAUUCUUCGAGAUCCCCACCCACGAAGACGACAUCAACGGUCAUGAUCCCCUUUACUCACCGCCUAAUCCUCUCACUGACCCGCUCCAACCAAAAAGUCAAAGUCCAAACCCCGACCCUCAUUCCUUCCUCCUGGAACCUCCGUCUUACGCCGACGCCGUCUUCCGAUCUUUCGACGCCUCUUCUGAAGUUAACGAUCACGAUCUAUCCACUUCAUCGUCAUCUCCUUCCUCUUCUUCCUCCUCAUCCGAUUACCUCGUAAUCUCCGUCACCGCUCCUCGAAAGGAGCCUGAACUCUCCACGUCGCUUGUUCCUGGCGGUAGCUAUUACUAUUCUUACUUAAUUUCCACGCGAACCAACCUACCGGAGUAUGACGGUGCUGAAUUUAAUGUUCGCCGGAGGUUUCGCGACGUGGUGACAUUGUCGGACCGGUUAUCUGAGUCGUACCGAGGAUACUUGAUACCAAUAAGACCGGAUAAAAGUGUGGUGGAGAGUCAAGUGAUGCAGCAGCAGGAAUUCCUGGAGCAGAGGAGAGCGGCACUGGAGAAGUACUUGAGGAAGCUUGCCAAGCAUCCAGUUAUACGAAGGAGCGAGGAAUUAAGAUUGUUUUUGAAGGAGAAUGGGAAUCUUCCGCUGGUGAGGACUACGGAUGUGGCUUCCAGGAUGUUGGAUGGGGCGGUGAAGCUGCCGAAGCAGUUGUUUGGGGCUGAGGCAACUGCAGGAGUAGUGGAUGCGAAUGAAGUGUCCCAACCGGCGAAAGGUGGGAGGGACUUGCUAAGAAUUUUUAAGGAGUUGAAGCAGAGCAUGUCCAAUGAUUGGGGUGCAGCAAAGCCACCUGUGGUGGAGGAGGAUUCAGAAUUCAUGGAUAGGAAGCGCAAGUUACAGGACUUAGAGGUGCAGCUCAGCAACGUGUCUCUUCAGGCAGAAGAACUGGUGAAGGCACAGCAGGAUAUUGGAGAAACAGUUGGCCAACUGGGCCUGGCUUUAGUGAAGUUAACUAAGUUUGAAACUGAAGAAGCUCUCUAUGAUUCACAAAGAACGCGUGCAACAGACAUGAAGAAUGUUGCAACUGCUGCUGUAAAGGCUAGUAGACUGUACCGAGAGUUGAAUGCGCAAACUGUCAAACAUUUGGACAAGCUCCAUGAUUACCUUGGAAUGAUGCUGGCUGUGAAUAAUGCCUUUUCAGAUCGAUCGAAUGCUUUGUUGACUCUACAGACGCUUCUAUCUGAGUUGUCUUCAUUAAACUCGAGAAUUGAAAAGCUUGAAAUUGCUUCCUCCAAAAUAUUUGGUGGAGAUAGGUCUAGAAUGCAGAAGAUAGAGGAGUUAAAGGAAACUGUAAGAGUUACAGAGAAUGCCAAGACUUGUGCUAUUUCAGAGUAUGAACGAAUAAAGGAAAACAACAAAAAUGAGCUUGACAGACUAGACAGAGAGAGGCACGAGGACUUCUUGAGCAUGUUGAGAGGAUUUGUCGUUAAUCAGGCUGGAUAUGCGGAGAAGAUCGCCAAUGUAUGGGAGACUGUUGCUGAAGAAACAAGUAGAUACGCCAAAAGUGUUGGCUAAGGAGAGCCCGUAAAUAUAGCCUUUUUGACUUUUAUACUUAGUCAUGUAUGCUAAUUGAUGCCAGGACAUCGUCGUGUGGUUUAGGGUAGAUAUAUUAGUCUGCCUCUCUUUCUUUUUCUUUUUUUUUCCCCCCUUUUUUAAAAUUUUCCUUUCCUGGUUAUUGAAGCUUUCUAAGCUCAAUUGACAUUUCCAUUGUGCUGUCCGAUACACAUUAGUUAUUUGUCAUGAGAUUUAGGAAACACAUCUUGUCAUUAAACUAAAUUGGCCUUCAUAUAGAAGAAACCCUGUUUACAGGAGUCUGAUUUUUACAUUUUUCCUCUGGUAUUGGGGUAAUUGAGGGUUACUGGCUUUUAUCGCAAAGUUGUUUGGUUCUUAGGUUUUGGUCACCAUUUUUAUCCCCAGAAUUUAGUUUUUUAUUUUUGUUUUCACUUUGUUUGCCAGAAAUUAUGAGCAGUGAGACGUUCUUGCUUCCUUGGCCAAAUGGGAAAUGUCAUAUAGCAUCUAUGGCUUGUCGUUUUUACCCUGUUAUAUGUGCUCAUGAGCAAAAUGACAUUUGCAAGAGGAACUUCCUCCCAAUAUCGUAUGCUGCUUGCCAAAUACAUCAUCCUAGAUAACUGCAACUCCUUGUUGCCAUUGAGCUGUGUCUCCUCAUUUGAUAAAAACUGCAAUGAUGGAAGUUUGAUUCGAUGUAAGCGGCUAGUAAUUAUAUUGGGUUACUAAGUUUGAGCAGGCUUGUAGAAAUGGAGGUAUGUGCUAAUCUCCUUUAGUCAAGUCGAGCGAGUGAUUCGUUACCGUCUAGCCCCAGAUUGUGAAACAGGAACUAUUGCAACAUUACCAGAACAUCCAUGUUAUUGCUGUUCAUCACUACCUACCUUGUAUGGUUAAGACUGAAACUGUUUGAACCUUUUGAUAGUUGAUGGUGAUCUAGUAAGAAGAGUACAAGAUGAAGAAAUGUGUCGCAAACACAAAGGACUUUGACAUUACCAAAAUUUCUUCCAACAAGAAAUGGGGAUUGGAAGUUAGAAGCAUUCCAAGUCAGUGUAAGUUGCAGCUGAUUUGCACAAAAUUAAUGCCCUGUUUCCCUCCCCAACUAGCAAACACCAAAUCUCUAUUUACAGUGAUAAAUAGACAGAUAAGAAAUACUGAUAACACAACUGGAUUGACUACCCGAUCCCCACAGCAAAACUAAGAAUCAAUGAAAGAAUCGCGAACCCCAAAAAAAAAUAUUUUUGAUCCAACUCCCAAGUCCUAAACCAGCCUUCCCUACUCGCUAGUUGAAGAGGGGGCAGCAGCCUCUUCACUUGGGCUGGCGGCAGGAGUGUCUGGCCUGAUUUCUUCCAACUGCUGUAACACCUGCUGGACUUCCGGUCGGGCGGAUGGAGAUGGAUCAACACAAUGCAAAGCCAAUUUCAAUGUAUUCAACAAUUCAUCACCAAUUGUGGAAGCAUCCCUCAUCAAUUCCAAGUCAAACACUUCGUUUGUCCAUUCUUCUUUCACAAUGGAGGCAACCCAUUGAGGCAAAUCGACACCGUUCAUCGCCUCUCCCGGUGAUUUUCCAGUGAGAAGUUCCAGCAUGAUGACACCAAGACUGUAAACAUCAGUCUUUGUAUUGGCUUUCUUCAAUUUGGACAGUUCUGGAGCUCUAUAGCCAAGCGCUCCAGCAGUUGCAAUCACAUUUGCAUUAGCAGCAGGAGUCAUUAGUCGUGAAAGGCCAUAAUCUGAGAUUUUCGCAUUUGCAUUUUCAUCCAGCAAUACAUUGCUAGAUGUCAGAUUUCCAUGAAUAAGAUUAGCUUGAGUAUGAAGAUACAGCAAUCCUCUAGACAUGCCCUGCGCAAUUUUCAUCCUCGUUGGCCAAUCAAUCGGCGUAUCAGGUCCACGUGCUGCAACAAAACAAGAUAAUGAGUAAAUAAUGAUCACUUCACCGUUUCUACAGAUUCACAAAAUAUCUAGGAUAAGAUAGAGCUUUUACCAUGAAGGAAGGUAGCCAAACUGCCUUUUGGCAUGUAAUCAAAGACAAGAAGCUUUUCUCCUUUGGGGCCUAAAUAAUAAGCUCUCAUGGCUAAGAGGUUAGGAUGUCUGAUUUUUCCAAGUACAUUAACUUCAGUUUCGAAUUCCCUUUGACCUUUAGUAAUCUUUUCCCUCAAUCUCUUCACUGCAACAACGCUGCCAUCUUCCAAUGUUGCUUUGUACACUGUUCCAUAAGUACUUUUACCCAUAAUCUCUGCAGUAGCACACAAAAGAUCAUCUGCUGUGAAAACCAUGGGCCCAUCGAAAUGGACGAGUUUUCCACCCCCUUCUCCGCCGGCUUCAACUUCCCCUGCAGUUGGAGGCGCCCCUUUUUGGCCAGCCUUAGCCCCGGCGGCGCCGGCAGCCGCCGCCUUUCCUGCGGCCUGAGCAUCCUUUGAUUUUGCUUCAGACCUUCUCCUGCACAGCAAGCAUAAUAAAAUGAUGCAGAUGAUGACUAGAAUAACCAGGAGAGUGCCUGCUGCAAUGAUGAUAAUGUCUUUGGUGCUUAGUUUAUGAUGAUGUUUCCUUGCCGGAGUUUCUGGAGGAGCUGAUGGGGCAGGAGACGGUGGGAGUGGACAUGGGGUUGAUGCACUGUAUCCACAUAACUGAAUGUUACCCAAGAAGGAACUUUCAUUGAAUUUUUGGGCAAGAUUAGCUGGAACAGGGCCAGAGAGAUUGUUAUAAGACACAUUGAAUGAACUAAGACUUGGUAAAUCACCAAGGGAUGGUGGGAUUUCUCCACUGAGGUUGUUAAAUGAUACAUCAAGUUGUGUAAGCGUGGAAAUGUUCCCUAUUGAUGCUGGAAUAGAACCAGAAAAUUGGUUAUUCCUGAGGUUGAGAACUGAGAGAUUAUGUAGUUGGUUUAUAUCCUCGGGGAUUUGGUUAUCAAGAUGGUUGCUUUCUAAGUUCAAAGUCACUAGGUAAGACGAAUUGAAAAGAGAAGGAGGUAAGCUCCCAUUAAGAGCAUUGAAAGAGAAAUCAAGUGUUGUAAGCCUAGAUAGCUUCCCAAUUUCAUUUGGUAUCACACCAGCAAUAUUGUUAUGACUGAGUGAAAUUUCUCGGAGCUCCCUCAAAUUGGAGAAAGAAGCUGGAAUUGUACCAGAGAAUGAGUUAUGAUCAAGUAAGAGGGACUGGAGUUGAUAGAUGGCUUUAACAGGUCCACCCCAAGAAUCUGGAAUUUGGCCGGAAAGAUUGUUAUGGUGGAGAGAAACAUAAACAAGAGAUUGGGAUUGAGCUAAACUUGUGGGGAUUGAACCAGACACAGAAUUAUGGCUCAAAUCGAGCCUAAAGAGCCUAGUUGAGUUGGCAAGACUGGCGGGAAUGGUUCCAGUAAGUGAAUUGUUACUGAAAUCAAGUGUUUGAAGAAGGGGACAUAAACCAAAUGUAAGAGGGAUUGAUCCAGAAAACCGAUUAUUGAACAAUUGAAGACCCCUGAGGUUAGGCAAGAACCCCAAUGAAGGUGGUAUUUGCCCACCAAUCACAUUGUCAUGGAGACUAAGCUUUCUGAGGGCUUGAAGCUGCCCAAUCUUUUCAGUUAAUCUUCCACCUAGACCUUUCCAUGGAAGCUGGAUUACAAUGACUUGGCCUUUAGCACAUUUGAUUCCAGCCCAAGCACCCGCACAAGCUCCAACACCACUGUCAUUCCAGCUUCGUAAGAACCCCUUUGGAUCAACCAACUCGCGUUUGAAUGCUUGCAAUGCCUGAUAAUCUGCUUCUGUGAUGAUAAUGCCAUCCCAGCCCCUGCUGGAAUCUGCUGGCUGAAUCGUAUGGCACAGAAGCAAAGCUAUCAGAAACAUUAUAGGGAAACAAUGAAUCUUCCAUCUUUCCAUCUUUUUGUCUUCAGCUGGAAACUUAAAAAUUGUUAAUGGGUUCAUUUGAAAAAGACCAACCAUUACUUAACACUACAAAUUAGGACAUCAAAGUGGGAAAGAAGGCAGUUUAAAAGAUUCCUAUGAGCCUAUAUAAUUUGAGUAGUGGUAGAUGGUAAUGGAAAGUUUCCUAUUUCCCUCCUCUCCCGCUCUCACCUUUCCCUGUAAAGUUUCUCUCUUUUGGAAGCUCAGACCCAAGAGAGAGAGAGAAAGUGUGAAACAAAGAAAUGAAACAGUUGAAAACACAAGUGUUUGUAGUGUAAGAUUUUUAAGAUAGGGGGAAUGGGUGGUUUUUGUUCCUGUAAUGAGGCACGUGAAGAACCGUACAGAAAGAAGAGCCGAAUCUACUAAAUGAGCAAAAAUAAAGAAAAUGGAAAUCAACAGUCAUAUUUUUUUGGGAAGACAUG